UUGGUGCAUUUAUCAUGGAGCACUCCCCCUCUAUAAACUUGUCUGUGGUGGACGGAGACGACGUGGAGGACCACCACCCCCUCCUCCCACAGAGGAUGCUCCCUGCUGCUCAAGCCUGCUCUCCACAAUGUGGGAUCCAUCAAAACCUCCAAACACCCACCAACCAGACAAUAUGGCUAGACAGAACACAGGCAAUGGCCACCACACCUAUGUACAACGGGCACCUGUACGUCACAUGUUCCCCUCACUCCAGCAGACGGGGAAACAAAGGGAAAGAGAAGAAAAAAUCAGGGAAGAGUCGACAGAAUCAAACACACGCUCAGCACAAUCACCAGUGUAAGGCCAGAAAUACGGGAGCUUUCAUACUGCAGGAGAAUGUCACCUCUUUCACGGACAUCCCCAUGUCUCCCUGUGGGUCUCCCUUUAAAGGCCCCUGCAGGUCACACCUGGACGUACAAGAUGAGAGCAGAGGCCGCCGCAAAUCCAACAAUAUUUCUUUAGAGAUGCAGGACCGGCAGACUCUCCCAGAGAUUAUCAUCACCAGCAAAGAUGACGAGUUUCAGCCUCUUGAUGAGACGACCCAGUAUCACCAGGACCUGCAGGAGGUUAAAGGCCUGCUGCCCAGAGCAGAGAAACCCAGCAAGAGCCCAAGCCCCCCACCCAGCCCAAAAAACAAGGAGGACAUUAAGGAAAAGGUCCAUAACAUCGGCUGGAGGCUGCUGCACAGGAGGUCUCUGUUCUUGAGGAGGCAGCGGCUGAACGACUGCGCUCUGGCCGUGGGGAUAUUUGGGAUGUUGAUGAUGGUGAUGGAGACAGAGCUCUCCUGGAGCGUCUACAGUAAGAGCUCCGUCUACUCACUUGCAUUCAAGUCAGUCAUCAGUUUGUCCACGAUCAUCCUUCUGGGCCUCAUCAUAGCAUACCACUACUGUGAGGUGCAGCUCUAUGUUCAUGACAUCGGAGCAGAGGAUUGGUGGAUUGCCAUGACCACUGAGCGUUUGGCCCUGAUCGCCCUGGAGCUGGCGGUGGUGGCCAUCCACCCCUACCCGGUGGGUUUGAUGGCAUACUUUGAACAGACUCUCCGUCACAUCACACCCCGCUUGUCUCUGUCAGAGACUGAGCUGGAGAUCGUGCUGGCCCUGCCCAUGUUCCUGCGACUCUACCUGCUCGGCCGUGCCAUGAUGCUGCACAGCCGCCUCUUCACUGACACGGCCUCACGCAGCAUUGGAGCACUCAACAAGAUACACUUCAACACCCGGUUUGUGGGGAAAACACUAAUGACCACGUACCCUGGGACAGUGCUGAUGAUUUUCAGUGUCUCUCUGUGGAUUGUGGCAGCAUGGGGCUUACAUGUGUGUGAGAGACACCACAACUACAGGGAUUUGAGCAGCAACUAUAUGGAGGCUCUGUGGAUGGUCUCAGUCACCUUCCUGUCCAUCGGUUAUGGAGACGUGGUGCCUCACACAUACUGUGGUCGAAGCAUCUGCCUCCUCACUGGGAUCAUGGGAGCAGGCUGCACAGUCCUGGUGGUGGCUGUUGUUGCCAGGAAGCUAGAGUUAACCAGAGCAGAGAAACACGUUCACAACUUCAUGAUGGACUCACACAUCACAAAGGGGAUAAAAAUUGCAGCAGCAAAUGUGCUGAGAGAGACUUGGCUGAUCUACAAACACACUAAGCUGUCAAGAGAAAGAGACCACACCAGAGUCCGCAUGCACCAGAGGAAGCUGCUGCUGGCCAUCCACCAGCUGCGCCGAGUGAAGAUGGAAAAGCGAACACUUGCAGAUCAGGCUAACACUCUUGUUGACCUCUGCAAAGUGAGAGAGAUGCAGACCCUGAUGUACGAUGUGCUGUACGAGGUGCAGGGCUGCAGGGGAGAACUAGAUUCACACAUCCUCAGCCUGGAGAAGAACGUGGAGGAGCUGAGGGACGGCUUCAGGAGCCUGAUGCCGCUCCUGUCCAGCACGCUGUCCACUCAGAACUCCUCCAUCCGGCACCUGCUCAGGGAGAGGGAGACGAAGACGGAGGCUGCUGCUGCUGCCAGUGCGAGCGUGGAUAGGUAGAGGGAGGAAGAGAGACAGGUUUCUCAGGAAGAUUAAUCCGUCUGUAAUGCAGUUAAAUCUAUAAAAUGGGACUUUUUCUUACGAGAGGACAUGAGUUUAUAACGAUAGUUGUACAGAUGCAAAAUGUAUCUAAAUGUAGGUAGCACCAUUUUCUGUAGCUGAAAUACCAUCACCUUAAAAUGUUUGUCAGAAUGACGCUUGUGUAAAUGUUUAUAUCUUCCUGGAGCAACAGAAAAUUAAAAUUCAACAUUUGGAAGUAGAGUUCCAAUAAUUCUAUGCAAAACUUGAGUUAUUCAUUUUGUUGAUCUUUAUCUUACAUUGAAUUAAAUUAAAUAGAUCUUGUGCAUUGAUAUAAUCAGCAUCUUUGGAAGUUCCUAACUAUUCAACAGGGUAGAAUAAUUGUCUUUAUGCAAAUAGAUCUUAAUUGGAAAACUGUUCCCACUCCUGUCUACCUACUACCUGUGAAACUUCCUGGUAAUGUUGUUAAACGUCGUUCAUUUGACAUGUUUGGUUUUUAAAUGUAAGGCCAUCCUACAGAAUAUUAAUGCUUUACUUGUACUUUAUAAUAAAAUGAUAUAG